GUGAAUUUCAUACUAAACUAGAUUGUAUUAAGAAUAAAAUUAAAAGAGUGGCAAUUUAGCUCGCCAAGUAUUUUUCAAAUGGCAAAAAUGUAACAAAGGUAAGAUAGUCUAACGGUAAAGCUGUCGCGACAGUGAAUUUUGGGAGUUGUAGAUCCCAGAUUCGAAACCAAGCGAGGUCCGUUGGUGUUUCUCGGAGGUACAAGGCUGCUGGGGCGGCCCCGUUGCCGUUGAAUUUAAUUGCAGAUGACCCCAGAUUUAAUAGAAAUACAUGUCACUUUAAUACAUGUCACAAAGUGACAUGUGGGACUGAAGUUUCUGAGUAAAAAAAAAAAAGCAAAAAAGUUAAAUCUAGCGCUCAUUUUUAGCAUUUUAUUACUCCUUUUCAAACAUAGAAUUGUGUUAAAUAUUAUAUUGAAAUUACUAAUUCAAACGUGGGACUCGUGAGUUGUCCUAUUUUGUUAUUUUGAAAAAGAAAAAAAGAAGAAAAAAAAGAGGAGUAAUAAGCCCUGGAAUUGGUGGAGAGCACCGCCCUCGCCUUCUGCUCGUACGGCUGCGACUUACUCCCACUCUCCGCCUACAGAAUUCAGUGUCCCUCUCGUGUAACCUCGCAGCGCUGACUGCAGCUUGCCAGUUAAUGUGAAUUGCUUACGGUUCGGAAUCAGAUGAUGCAAUUGCAGGAGUUGGGAAGACUUUUGGUUUCUGCUGAGUCGAGUUUGAUUGCUCUUUCUCAGUUCUCACUAGGUGGGGUUGUGGCUGUCAGAUAGCUGGACGAAGAAGAAGCAGAAGUUGAAGAAUGAUGGAGCCGGGUCUGCCAAGCCAGGACGAACCAACUUCAUGGGAUGAGCUCUGCGACAUCAAUUUGGUUCCUUCAGAGUUGUUUUUCAAGUUCAGGAAAGAAAUUGAAGGGAUUCGGAUUGGUGUCAAUCUAGAGUUCUACAAUGCUCCCUUUAAUGAUGUCCAAACUAAGCUUGUCAUGAAGCCAUUGUCAGCAGAGCGGCAAUGGAAGUUCAUAUGCAAGCCUAUCCGCCAGGAAAUCCGUAUUCAGUCCAAAAAGAUUCCUUUGACCAAAUUUCUGAACAUACAGGUUGGCAUAGGCCAUAACUUCAAGACGAAUGCCCUUGCUUGGCAGUGGAAGCUUAACACGUGCCUGGGCGGUGAUGGUAUAUCUCGAAUCCGGAACAAGACGACACUCGGUUUGUUCCCCGGUCUAGAUUUCAGGUUCGGGUGGCGAGCAGAUUAUGUCCUCCCUGAAGUUACAGGGGCUUUGGGCAAGGACGAGUCAUUGUUCAACAUGAAGAAUGGACGACUUGACGCCUCCUUGGACAGGAUCGAGACGAUUGUAAACCCAGACCUCAUGAUUGUACAUUCCCGGGAGUCGCCAGAACUCUAAACGCACCGCCACCAUUGCGCUGCACUGCUGCUAUGGUGCACCCAUUGGAGCUUGUUGGUCCGUGAAGUUGCAACGCGCCAUCCUGAUUUAUCUGGUAUGAGGAAUGUGGAUUGAUCGUACUUGUAUUCACCAGUUUGCUUGGUUUGGCGUCUCUUUUUGCAAGAUUGUUCGAAUGCGCGUUUCACCAUUUAUAGACGUUAGUAAACCGGGUUAGUGUAUGUAAUGUACUUGAUCUUCGUUCUCCAAACUUGAGAUUAAGUCGUGUAACGUGAGAGCUACAAGGUGUUGUUUGCUUAUGCUCUUCUUCUAUGUCAUCUCAAUUUCUAGUCUUGAUUAUGCCAUCCUAUGAUGGAGCAACAUGAAAAAUCUUAAGAAUAGCUGGGCUCACUGCUUAGUCGCUGAUUAUGAAAACUAGAGGAUUCUAGGCGUCUACCCUUGUUGCCAAACAUCCAUGGCAAAGAAUUUUUUAUUUAUUUAUAGGAACCUGUUACAGGGUGCUACUAAAAAGGUGGGGAAGGGUAGAAAAGAGCGUUGUCCCUGAGAUUCGAAUCUGGGGGUCCAGGCUGAAAAUUAGCGGCACGACCACUCGAUCACGUACUCAUUCGCACAUCAAUUGCAAAGAAUUGCACGAGCGAUUUUCGCAAUAAGACGCUUUUUUGUAU